AUGGAGGACGAGUUUCAGUUUCAGAUACAGCCGCCGUCGCUGCUCCUCAGCGGCGAAGCCUCCUCCGCCCUUCCGCUCGUUGCUCGCUUACGGUUCUUUGGACAACGCUGCCGCGGAAACCGCGACCCGCUCUUCGCCAUCAACGACGGCGUCCCCGCCGAGGCUCCUCCUUACAACUUCUUCUCUGAAGCGGCGUCAUCUUCUCUUCAUCACCAGCUACCAGGCCUCCUUUCUCUGGAGCUGCCUCAGAACACCGCCGUUGUUGAGUCCCCAAUGAUGAACCCUAGAAUUGAAACGGCGCAGUACGGGAAGCAGAGGCGGAGGCGGCAGCAACAGAGGCUAAGCGACAAGACGCGGUGUUUACAGAGGCUGCUCCCAUGGGAUGAGAAGAUGGACAUGGCGACAGUACUGGAGGAGGCGUACAAGUAUAUCAGGUUCCUCCAGGCGCAGGUCAGGGUACUCCAGUCCAUGCCCUGUGAAAGCGGCGGCCGCCCCCGCCGGCUUCAUGUGGUACAACAGCCAGCAUUGGCUGUGGAGAUUUGGGGAGGCUGAAUAGGCAGCAGCUGCUUCAGGUGGUGGUUAACUCUCCGGUGGCUCAGACGCAGCUUUACUCCAAAGGCUGCUGCCUCUACUCGGUGGAGCAGCUGGUUUUGCUGAAGAAGAAUGCUGAGAGAAAGGCUCUAUAUCAUCAGAUGAUGUUAGAAUCUUCGAACCCUAAUCCCUUCCUUUCUUGAAAAUUAUAUCUGGUGGGCCCCUGGAUUUUGAAAAAUACUCUUCAUCUUCUUGUUGGUGUUUUUGUUUCAGACUGAUUGAUCUGUUGAGGGCUUUUGUGAAUGAAAUGGUACUUUGUGAUGGAAGUGGCAUUAAUUUGUGUAGAUGGAAAGCAGAACUAAUAGUAGCUAAGUGAAACUGCAAAAAUAUGAGUAAUUAAAAAAGAUGAUCAG